AAUAAAUAAUAAUGUUAGCCUUGCAAUUUAGAAGUGCACUCGUCGUACUCUUAAAUGCAAAUAUAUUUUAAUGACAGUUAAUUUAGUCGUGCCUUUAAUUAUUGCAACCUAAAGAACUAUUGAUAAUAUUAUUGCCUAGGUAGACAAUAUUCAUAAUUUUAGAAAUCUAUUGUAGUAAUAUUUCCUGUAUUUAUUAGGCAUUGUCAAAAAUUUAAAUUUUAAAAAGAAAUAAAAUCCGUCCCUACAUAAUUCAAGCAAUUUUAUUAUUUUCUAGUCAUUCUUGACAGUGCCUAACUAUGACCAUUGCCGGUAACGUGUAUAUAUAAACUGCAGACGUGAAAAUCGGUGACUUGAUACUGUUGGCGAUCACGUACGACAAUCUCAAGAUGUUGGACCGGCUGCUGGAAUUCGACGAGACCAACAACGGAACGGGAAACCGGGGCAAGGGCAUUGGCUGGAAUCGUGUGCGGUCGGACGACGACGUUAACGGAGCCGAUCCGGAAGACGACGCCGAUUCGGAAGAGUUUCCGCGGUUCAUGACGCCGCUGAUGUUGGCCGCGCAAUGCGGCCUGUACGAGACUGUCGAGUACCUGGUGAACCGCGGCCACAAGCUGGACAGGCCGCAUCCACCGCGGUGCACCUGCAGUGACCAGUGCAUGGUCUCGGCUUCGCGCGCCGACGCGGUGGCCGACAGCUGCAAACGGUUGAACGGGUACUGGGCCAUCAGCAACCCGACGUUCAUAUGCACCACGUCUUCCUGUUCCGAUCCGGUACUCGAGUGCUUCCGGUUGCACGAAGAGCUGUUGCGGUGCGGAUCCGCCGAACAGGUGCACAACGCUACGUACACGUAUAUGGCCGCACAGGUUAGACAAUUCGCGGUGGAAAUGAUAGUGAACUGCAGGACGUCGGACGAAGUCAAGAUCAUGUUGCGAAAUCGGGACGGUUGCAAGUUCAGAGGUCAGUUCCCGUACCCGAGACUGAUCACAGCCAUGGAUUACAAGCAGAAGGAGUUCGUAGCGCACAUCAACAUCCAACAGGUGCUGGAAACCGCGUGGCUGGGCGACUGGAUCGAGUGGAAGGCGUACUCGGGGCAGCGGAAGUUGGCGUACCUGCUGUGGCGGUUCUGCAUGCUGCCGGUCACGGUGGCGCUGGGAAUGCUGGCGCCCAACUCGAAGCUGAACCAGUUCAACCGGUUGCCGAUCAACCGGAUGUUCAACAGCCUGGUCACCUACCUGGUGUUCCUCGGGCUGCUGUUCGCGCACUCGAACGCGGACAAGUUCAAGACGCGCAGGGGCGCGCCGGAACUGCGGACGUGGCUGCCGAUCGUGGUGUUCGUGCUGGGCCACGUGGUGGAGAAGACGAAGCUGCGGCUGCAGCAGGGCCCGGGCCGGUUCUUCAAGAACCUGUGGAACGUGUUCGACACGGUCAAGCUGACGCUGUUCAUCGUGGCGUUCCUGUGCUGGGCGGUGGCCGGCGUCCGGGCCGGCCGCGAGUCGGACCACCACCUGGACCGGAAGUACUGGCACUGGGCCGACCCGCAGCUGCUGGCCGAGGGCCUGUUCACCGUGGCCACCGUGAUGGCGUACCUGCGGCUGCUGUUCCUGUGCCAGCUCAACUACUACGUGGGGCCCAUGCAGGUGUCCCUCGGCAAGGUGCUGCACGACUUCGGCAAGUUCGCCACGUUUCUGGUGAUCAUCAUGGCGGCGUUCACGUGCGGCCUGGGUACGUAUUACUCGUAUUACGCGGGCAUGGUGUACAAGGACCCGGAGACGGGCGAGACCACCAGACAGGAGGACUCGUUCGUCACGGUGCCCGACACGUUCAAGACGCUGUUCUGGGGCAUAUUCUGCAUGACGUCGCUGGACGCGCCCAACGUGGUGGUGGGCAACGCGGCCCCGGCCGCCGGCCACGCGGACGCCGAGGCGCAGACGCACCAGUUCACGCAGCUGGUGGGCUACGGGCUGUUCGCCGUGUUCGAGGUGCUCAUGGUGGUGGUCAUGAUGAACAUGCUCAUUGCCGCCAUGUCGGACACGUUCCAGGGCGUCACCGACAACGCCGAGUACGAGUGGCUGUUCGGCCGGACGAAGGUGUACGUCAGCUACAUGUUGCAGGACGACCUGCCGCCGCCGUUCAACCUGUUGCCCACCACGGGGCUGCUGUUCUGCGCCAAACGGUACGUGUCCAAGUCGUCGCGGGGCUACAGCUUCUUGCCGGGCGACGACGGCCGGGGCGACUUCGACAGCCGAUCGACGGCCGCCGCCCCCGAGUACCGCGACCUCAUGGCCGAGAUCAUCAAGCGGUAUUUCACGAUGCACAGGGCGCCCGCCGAACACUGAAACGCGCGAUAAUAACAAAUGUCGCCGCCGCCGCCGUCGUCAUUGUCAUUCGUCCCGGCAGCACUGCCGCACGUUCGCCGUCGCGGUUUUCCCUCUUCCCACCCCCCCAUUCCCCCUUCACCGCUCCCAUCACGCUCGUUUUCACUAACCGUCACCCCUGCACGGCCGACAACUCGUUUUGUCGUCAUCGCACCGCGUCGUUUUUUUUUACAUCGCCGUCGUCCGUGAUUAUCGUUAUUCAUCUGUAAACUAUUUAAAAAUAUUUAUAAGCAUACGUCAUAUUGUUAUAAUAAUAUCAUGUUGUAAUGUAACAAUGAUAGAAACAUAAUUUUAAAACGAUAUUUCCCGUUGCGCCCCGUUGGACACUGCUUGCAGUAGCUACACGGAGAUAGGUUUUGAUAUUUUUUUUGCGCGACGAUAUUAUAUAAUAUUGUUGCAUAAUAUAUUAUGUCGCAGUCGAGUCGUCAUAAUGAUAACGAAUGAAUAUAAUGGUAGGUGCAUAAUAAUGGAUACUAAAUUAUAAUCGACAACGAUCUCCCCACUCCUCCGCCCUAGAAAAUCGGACCGCGCAGACGUCACUGCAGGAGUAUAUUAUAAUUAUUGUUAUAUAUUUACUGUGAUAUUUAAUGGAUAAUUGUAUUUUUUUUUUUUUAUGUUUUUGAAUUCAACAAUUUUUUUUAAUAUUUUCU